AUGUUUAUCUCGGCGAGGGGCGACCAUUUUAGUUUCCAUCCGCCGGCCGGUUGCCCCGGCGGCGGCGUCUCCCUCCGUCCGGCGGUGUCCCAGGCAGGCCCCGAGGUGUCCGGCGGGCGGGCGGGCGCGAUGUGGCGGCUCCGCUGCAAGGCCAAGAACGGCACCCACGUCCUGCAGGGGCUGUCGAGCCGGUCUCGCGUGCGGGAGCUCGAGGGCCAAAUAGCCGCCGUCACCGGGAUCGCCCCCGGCGGGCAGCGGAUCCUCGUCGGCUUCCCCCCCGAGUGCCUGGACCUCAGUGACGGGGAGACCAUGCUGGGGGACCUGCCCAUCCAGUCGGGUGAUACCCUGAUCAUUGAAGAGGACAAAACCAAGCAUAAGACUUCAUCUUCUGCACUUACAAAACAUGGUGCUCAUACUUCAUUCAGGGAAGUUUUGCCUGUGCUUACCAGAACAGUGGUCCCAGCAGAUAAUUCCUGCCUUUUCACCAGUGUGUACUAUGUAGUAGAAGGGGGAGUUUUGGAUCCAGCUUGUGCCCCUGAGAUGCGAAAUCUUAUAGCAGAGAUAGUAGCAAGUGAUCCAGAAUUCUACUGUGAGGCAUUAUUGGGAAAAACAAAUGAAGAGUACUGUGACUGGAUUAGAAGGGACGACACUUGGGGAGGAGCUAUUGAGAUAUCCAUUUUGUCAAAGUUUUAUCAAUGUGAAAUUUGUGUAGUGGACACUCAGACAGUCAGAAUUGACCGCUUUGGGGAAGACGCUGGCUACCCCAAAAGGGUACUACUAAUUUAUGAUGGCAUCCACUAUGAUCCACUUCAGCGAAACUUCCCUGACCCAGACAGCCCUCCUUUGACCAUCUUUUCCUCCAAUGAUGACAUUGUUCUUGCACAAGCAUUGGAAUUGGCAGAUGAAGCUAGAAGAAAGAGGCAGUUUACUGAUGUAAACCGAUUUACCCUGAGAUGCAUGGUGUGCCAAAAGGGGUUAACUGGACAGGCAGAAGCAAGGGAACAUGCCAAGGAGACUGGCCAUACAAACUUUGGAGAGGUGUGAUCUGUGCAGGAGGAGGCAUUGUCUACUACCUCAGUCAUCCAGAAGGCUCUGGGUUUUCCAAUAAGCUCUCUGUAAACCUAAAAGACAAGAUGACAUAAUGCUUGAAACACCCUUUUUACUUAAGACAAUGAAGACACUAGAAUUCCUUGUUAAGAUUAAAAUUAGUGUGCAAGUUUACAGAUCUGUGUCUACAGUGGUGAUACAUGCUCUCUUCCUGCCAGGUGUGACAGUGAGUGGUGCCCUGACACUAGCCUGAAGAAAGUUAUUCAUACAAGCUAGCACUGAGCAGCAUUAACUGAUGGAAGAAUACACCUGGUACAUUUGGGGGUAAUGUGGAAGGCUUCAUGUGACACCACUGCAUAUGCACAUAACAGUGUCUAGAGCAGCUUAGACCUUUGAAUAACAUGGAGUUUGAAAAUGUAAAACUCAUUUCUAAAUUAUGACUCCAGUUAAGGAGCAAUUCCUUAAAUGACGUGCAGGGUGGUCAACCUGAUUUUAUGCUGAAAGUUGGUAAACUUUUCAUGCAAGUACUUUGCAAGGUGUAAGUACAUUACAUAAGCUGUUUCUACAGGGAUAGUAACUACUUCCUGUGAGUGUUAUCUCAAAAAUUGAAUCUGACAGUGCCCUGUUUAAGAUUUAUAGUAUAUAAAAGUAGAAUGUAGAGGAUAAGGUGCCUAAUUUCUUAACUAUGGUGAAGGAGCUGACCGAAGCUUUAAAAGACCAGUAUCCUUGUUUUAACUUAAUUUUUAUUAGCUAAUAACUUAUUGGAUAAGAUUUUUAAAUUAAGCAUAGCUUUAAAAAAAGUCUUUUAAUUGAAGUUCCUUGAAAUUUUGAGUACUCAAACUUUGUGAAAGAUGUUUGGUUUAUUUUUUAUCUUGUGUGUGUUUUAAUUUCUUCUGCUUUUUAUUUAUACUAUCUCUAUGUUUUGAAUUUUUUUUUACGCUGAAGUGACCUGGUAAAGUUUGGAUUCUUAUUGUAAUGACUAUUCCUCACCUAAAUAGCAUUUGUUUUCAUGUUAAAAAACACAAGCCUACAAAUGUUGAAUUGUUGCUAGCCUUAUCACCGCUGAAAAACAAUGCCCUUAAGCCAGGUCUAAUUUCUGCAGACUAGCAUUUUAAAAUUUCCAUCUUAUUUCUUGUUUUGCUUUCUUAACAGUUUUGAGGUACUUAGAGUGAUGGUGACUAGGUUAUUUUGGAGGGGAAAAGUAGACUGUUGUCUCUGAAAUGUAGAAACAUUUACCAAAUCCUUUUCAUAUUGAGCUAUCUCAGAGUUUUCCUUGUUCUCCACAUUAGUUGUGUACCUUUUUGCUUGUUGGACUAAAUUAACUAGGCACCCUCUUGGAAACUGAGCUUUGAUAUAAGAUCUCCCAGGUAAAGUUGUUUACUACCUCUUUCAUAAUUCUACUUAUGAUCAGGGAUGUUAAAUCAAAACGAAUAUAACAGUAUACAACUUUGUGAGAUUUAAUGUUUUUGAAAUUUUUGUCGAUAAUCUUGAUCUGUUUGGGUGUAGUUAAGGGUCUGGCUAACUAAUUGCAUAUUUUAACUGAAAGCACUUAAAUGUCUCCUUAAGCACAUUUUUUGGGUUGUUCUUUUGAAUCAGAGAAUUACUUUUUGAGUUCUUAGGGUGAACGUUUAAAGUUGAUAUUGAAAACAAUUCAACAAACAAGUUACUAAGCAUCUGAUAUGUGCAAGACAUUGUGUUAGGCACCCCUGUCCCAAUAGUGCUUACAUUUUAGUGGAAAAUUUAGGAAAAGUUAACAUUAUUUGAGGAAUAAUUAACAAAAUGUGGUUGAAUACUUUUAAAAAUUGAGUACCUUUUGUUUGUAUAGCUCUUUUCAAGGUAUAAGUUGCUCUUAAGAUUAGUAAAAGUCUUAAAAGUGUUUUGUUUUUUUUUGUCCAUUUUACUGAGCCUUAACAACAAAACCAGCACUUGUGAAUUGUUUAGUGUUUGUGAGUCACGGUCCAUACAACUGAAAUGGUGCGAAGCCUCCAUCUGUUUGUCUUCUGGCUUGUGUUGUUGAUGUUAUUUCCCAAUUCAUUUUAGUUCUCUGAGAAACCUGGUUAGAGUAAAAAAUGUUGUCAUAACCAAGCAAUUUAGAAUUGUACCAUCAACAUUCGCUUUUAGAUUGAGGUUUCUUAUACAACUGUGUACCACUUUUCUGUCAAAAAGCUUACUUUUUACUUUCUGGUGAUAUCAGAUAUCAGGCCUAAUGCAUUUGCCUCAAGACCUUUUAGAUUUGGACUGAAAGAGGUUGGUGCUCGGCCUUAGUAUAAACUCCAGGCACUCUGAAUUUUGAUCCUGUAUUGUACGGACAGUAGAUUACUUUAAGAAAAUAGGAAGCAAAAGAACUCUUUGCUGAUAUUGCACAGAAAUUAAAUUCAAGUGGUUUUGUUUACAUGUUAUUAUUUUUUCAUACCACGUGUCAAAUAUUUAUUCAGGGAGCUUUGUUUUCAUAUUUUAAACUUUUAAAUCUUGUGUUUAGGCUAUCUAAUCUUAUAAAUUGGGAACUGAUACUGAGAAUUGUUAGGAUUUUCAUUGUUAAUCAUUUGCCACUUUUUAACACUAUUGUGACUUAAGUGGCAUCUUCUACCUAGAAAAUUUAUGAUGAAGUACUAUUCCUACUUCAUUCCACUUCUAUUAAUAUGCAUUUAAGUCCCAAAAUUUUUGUUCUAAAAUCAAGCUUGUAAGUUAUUCUAAAUUUAAGAUUCUGUGAGUAUGGUAAUACUUGACUAAAUUGACCUCUUAGUCUGAAUAAACUUGAGUGUUGUAAAACCUUGAAAAUCUUCUGAUUUAGCUACUUUGAAGGAAUUUUAGAAGAACCUUUGUUUUGUUAUUGUUUGCACUUGAACUCAACAGGGAUUGGCCCAUUCAUUCAAUUUCCAGAUUGAACUGGAAGGCCUUUAGUAGUAGAAGCUAGGUGGGAAUAACUACUCUCUUUUACUUUGUUUUUGAAUCCAGUGAUUAGCUACAGUGCUGCCUAGAUGCAAUAAUUAACCACUGAUGUUAACCUUUCAUUAUCACAAUUUUGUGAUGAAUUAUCUAAAGAUAAUAAUUAGUAAUGACAUCAUUAGUAAUAACCCCUGUUAGGUACUAGCUGGUUCCUUGAGAACCUGAUUUCUACCUUAGCUCUUGAUCUGAAUUUUCUUCCUCAGUGAAAAAUAGUUAUUGGAAGAAUAGUAUUGAAAUGUCGACUAAUGCUGCCUUGAUUUAGAAUUUUCAUUUCAUUGAUUCCAGCUUGGCUGCUCUGGUGAAAAUUGGUAGAGCUGUAUAUCUCUAUCUUAUAGGGGCCCAAACCCCAGCAACAGGCAGUCACCUUGCCUCUUUUCUAGGGAGCAAGUGACAUUACUUUCUCUCAAAGGAUCAUAGAGAUCAUAGAAUUUAAUGUUCAAAGGGAACCUUAGAGAUCAUUUAGUCCAACUCCCUCAUUUUACAGUUGAGAGU